AUGGUGAACUCUUCGGAGGGUCACCAAGUAUCCCAUGGUGCACAUACGGGCGUAGGCCCCAUAGAGCCAGCUAUUGCGCGAUUUCCGUUCUGCCUGGUCUGGACUCCACUGCCUGUCAUCACGUGGUUCCUGCCCUUCGUCGGCCACACAGGUAUCGCCAGUAGUACGGGUGUCAUCCGAGACUUUGCGGGAAGCUUCAUGGUCAACGAAGACGACAUGGCGUUCGGUAGUCCUACACGGUAUGUGCAAUUGGAUCCGGCCAAGGUGCGUAGUUUGACCUACACAUACAAUGAGAGCAUCAGGACCAUUUCCAUCGAUUUCAAUCAGAAACAGCACAAUCUCUUCCUGCAGAAUUGCCAUUCCCACGUGGCGUGUUGUCUGAACCGUAUGCUAUACGAAGGCCGUGACGAUUGGAACAUGUUCAAGGUGGCUUGGCUAUUUGUACGGGAGGGCCACUUCGUAGGGCGAGCAGAAAUGAUUAGCACACUCGCGCCGUUCAUGGUAGUGCUGGUGCUGGUGGUUUUCCUCGUGUUGUUGCUCAACUGAUCAGGUGGCUCGCUACACGAGUACUUGUGCUCUUUUGAAGCUCUUUACAGCUUACCAGGCUUACGUGCUUGGCUACUUUCUUGGUAGUUAUCGGCACGUAUCAAGUAGGCACUUCCGGUCAACGAACCUCGCUUCUGUCUUGAAGUCAACCAGUUGUGCCAAGUAAAACUCAGGAUCCAGCCGGACAAACAUACAGGAAAAUACAAUUACCUAUUCAUGGGAAAGGAGGCAUUUGCUUAUGUACCACGCCAAAGUGGCCUGCUAGUCUCGUUAUGUUCACGGAUGAGUUGGCGUUGUCGGCCCGAAGAACGAGUUGUUCACGCUGAAAUGAUAGUACAACUUCGUAAGGGAGGAUGAUUUCUCAGAGGAGCGAGAUGUACGUCCCAUGUUUCUAUUGAUAUGAUGCGUCCUGUGACCUAGUAGUCUGUAUGCUGGCUUGAUAUGACAGGGGGUUUGCCAUAGAUGACUGUGAGGUUCUGGCUCCAAUGGAAACUACCGGAUGGCCGUAGGGUGACUAUUCACUAUAGAUAUUAUCAUACUGGCCAUUCUUGAUCUUAGCAGAUAUACACACAUUGCCUUGUGGAAUCACUGGUGACAAUACUAGAAUUACAGCAGCGCUGGAUUACACGAUUUGCACUGCCACAGGGCAACGUCGGCAACAAUACAGGUGUAGCACGGCUAUGCCGAAUGCAGUACUGCUACUAAUCAUUGACACCCUUGGGAUUAAGUAUAGAUAACAAGGAUACAUUCAAAGCGCUGCAAGGACGAGAGCGCUAUUCGUGAGCAUUCUGGGAGGAAGUGGUACAUGCAGCUGCAGUACAGUUUGCGAUUUGUUCGAAGUUCGGGCCAUCCGCACAGUAAGAAAUGGUAUCAGUACUAAGCUACCAAUGGUAAUUGCCUGCAAAUCGCGGCCGGAUCAUUGAUAAAAAACCCCCGAAGGAAGUGGCCUUCGGCAAAUAAACAACCAACCAAUGUAUGCAUUAGAAUAAAUUCGGA